AUGUCUGAGCUACACCGGAGCCCCGACGAGGCGAGCCACCAGCGCUUUGUCCUGACUGACAGUGUCGCCUUCAGGUACCUGGAAGAAGACCCCUCGACUGUCGUACUCGACCGCCGUCGCAUCCUCGAAGGCUACGAAAUCUACAUUGUCGAGCAGUGGGCCUGCGCCAGAUCACAUCCGACCUUUGUCAUUACCACCUACACCGGCGAUCCGUCUCAUAAGGUCGUCGCCGGCGUGCUCAGCGUCCCCACAGACGAGGAAUCUUGGUCGCUUCGCCUCCGCGUAUACUUCAAGGCACUCAGUCAAUACCAUGCGCGCGCAAGGGAGACGCCGCUAGGGACGCUGAUGAUCACCAACCUCAGCGCCUUCCCCUCUUCGUUGACGGUCAUACCGGUUCCAGACGGAGAUGUAAGGAGAUCUCGGGAGUCAUUUUUCGUGAAUGAAAAUCUGAAGAGACUGGGUUGUUCCGGGCGCGUUGGAAUCACCCUGGCCCCUCCCAGUAGCGCUACAGAGGCAAAAUUCCAUCAGCUCUAUCGAACGAGCGAGAAGAUUCCCCUUGCCAGUGCCGUGGUUGAACUCGUCAAGCUGUGUCAAGUGGCUCUGGUCCUGUUUGGAAAACUUGAACCAGAGUAUGCGGACGGUCUGCUGUGCGAUUUCACAGAAAAGGCUGUCAACGACUGGUGGCUUGACAUUGGGAAUGAGUAUUACAACAUCGAGCCGCAUGAUGGCAUCUUAGGACCCACGACCGUAUCUGCUCUGCUUGGCAUGCUCAUGGGGGCGCGUAACCGCCUCAAUGCAUACGGUGCGCCAGUUGCCAAAGAUGUCUUUGAUGUCGAGUGUACCAAACGAGGCAUAGCUUACUUCCAAAAAUCCCAAAAAUUGCAGAAAACUCGUAGAUUGGAUAGGAAGACGUUUUCCAAACUGCAUCAGGCCACCGCUAAGGCUGCCAGUGGAGAAGGAUGGACAGUGCCACGGGCAGUGAAGUCAACCGUUGCAGAGCUCAGCGGAAAAGGUGGAGAGAUGGUGAUGGACAUGGUCGGCGGUAGGGAAAAGGCAGGCAUAGCUGAAGUCGAGACAGCGGACAUUGAAAGGUUUGUCCAUCUUGUUCAUGGCGAACGCUCCAAAUGGCUCUGGUACGGAAAGCCUCGAAAGCAUGGAAACAUGUUUAGCAGACUUCCGGACGAAUCAAGGUGGGCCACGCGCAAGGACGAAGAGGGCACUGAACCGUCAGCCGGCCGUGGACAAGAGGUGAACCUGGAAGCACAGAAACUACGCAAAAGGGAAACCAUGACUUCGAUAGACAAGUAUGGGCAAGAGAGCCAAGAAUCUCGAAUCAAAAAAGCAACAGGAAAGAUUGGCGAUGCCCGUAGCGGACUAGGAGGGCGAAUCAAAGACGCUGUUGGGCGGCGAAGUCACCAACAUAAGCAGUCAAAGGCCGAACACGACAUUACGCCUGAUUCCGCCCACUAUCGGAGCGAUAUAAACCUCCAGAAGACCACUACGGCGGAGGAGCAAAAACCAUCGGAGCCGGUAAUCUCGCCGCGCGAGUCGAUGGAUAUUCCAAGCGCAGAGGCACUAUCAUCCGCGGAUUCCAAAAAGCCCAAGCCGCAAUUUGCGAAACUCCUGUCCCAAACGCCUCUCGAUUCACAAUCUACACUCUUCUCCAGCAAACAGCAACUGCCAGAAGGGGAUGAACAACCAGAACUAGGCGCGGUGCUCAGCCGCGAGACAACUGCCAAUGCCCUAUCCCAUACAGCCACGGCCGAGGGAUCAAUGGCCGGGUCCGUCUACCGCGGUAUCGAUCUCGACGAUCUCUUCGAAGGCAACGAAAGGUUCUCACUGGGCGAGGAGCUGCACCGCACCAACAGUUUCUCGACGUACGUAGCGCGGCAGACAAACGAGCGACGCAGCGACGACCGCUGGCCACGACACCUCUCGUUGAGCAUAGCCGAGGAAAGCGUCUUCCGAUGGGAGAGCAUCGUGCAAGAGGACUCGGACGAGGCAGAGAGCAACCUGGAUCCGAAAAGAGAGAUGGCGCACCAAAAACUGCUGGCGGAAGAGGCGCGGCGCAACAGCGACCGUCUCGCGCUUCUAGGUAACCUUGUCGGCGGCUGGGUCGAUGAGCGCAUCGACCUCGUCCAGGAACUCAACGGUAUGGCUGAGCGCGACCAGCAGGAGCUCGAGGAAAUGUACUAUCCCCGCUUGGAGGAGUAUCAUGCGCUCGAGGAGGACUCGCAGGAGAUACUCGCGCAGGAACGCACGAUGCUGCAGGAGGCGAUCAAGGAUAUCGAAACGCUGGGCGCGAAGCUGGAGUAUGAAAUGAACGCACUAAGGGGCAAAGUGGAAGACGUGGAGGAUGGGGUCACGGAGUACGAGCGCCAGAUCUUGGUCGUGGAGGAUAUGGUCAGGGUUAUGGAGGAUGAGUGUAGGGGCAAGGAAGGGUGGUUCUCGUGGGCCUGUCGGCUCGUGACUGGCCGCGGGAAGGAGGCUGAGGAGUGA